CACAACAGAGAAUGUUCCUCUUGGUCAUCUUGGCUGUGGUUUCCUCUGUAGCUGACAGUAAUGGUUUGGGAGCCAUUUACACACCACAGACGAUCUGCACACUGGAAGGAUCAACUGUGAGGAUUAACUGUAAAUAUGACCAUCCAGCAGGGGUUACUAUCCAAAAGGAAGCCUGGUUUUAUGAUCAUAAUAAAGAUAACGUAUAUCCUGAACUAGGAACCAUCGUGUAUCAUACAGACAGAAGUCAAGUGCCCAGCAGUUACACAAACCGAGUUCAGUUCUUUGGGAACAAAAACAAGACUUGUGAUGUAAGGAUCAGUAAUGUGAGCAGACAGGAGAGCGGCGAGUACAAGUUUAAAUUUGAUGGAGGUGCACCUAACACAUUUACAAAACUGCCAGGAGUCAGCAUGACAAUCACAGGUCUUAUUGUUCAAACAACACCAGAGACAAUAAAAGAAAAUGACACGGUUACCCUGAGCUGCAGAGCCAACUGCAGUCUCCCCAACAGAGUCUUCUCCUGGUUCAGAAAUGGACGACCUUUAAAAGAAACCUCCAAGGAUUUGCAGAUUCAGAGAGUCUCCACUGAGGACAGCGGCAGUUACUUCUGUCGGGCUGGAAACAUCACAUCACCAGAACAUCUACUGGACGUGCAGUUCGCCCCCAAGAAUGCAGUCGUCACAGGACAGCCCUCUGCUUGUAUAGAAGAAGGGACAUCAGUGACUUUAUAUUGCAAAGCCUUGGCAAACCCACCCAGCAACUACAUCUGGGUCAAGGAGAACAGCGGCCAAGUAGAAUAUGGAGAGGAACUGCACAUCAGCAAGUUCACCAGAUGUCACGCCAGCUGUUAUCAUUGUGAAGCUACAAACAUCUACGGGACGACAAAGUCUGCAGAUGUCACCCUGAUGGUAAACGGGGAUGUGAGUUGUUCAGGAAGCUGGAAUCUGAUUGUUGUGCUCUGUGCCUUGCUGGGCAUUGCUGUCCUAGUAGCAUUGGCAUUAGGCAGUGUUCAUAUUUGUAAGGGAGAGGACCAAGAAGACAACUGAGCAGAAAGAAGACACCCAAGGAGGCAAUGAGACUGCAGAUCAGACGUACACAUCUCUGGAUCGGUUGGCAGUUUCAGAAGUGUACGACACAAUUAUUCAAAGUAAAUGAACAAAACCUGCGUUACGAGUGACCUUCACGUCACAACAAUGGUGUGGCAGGAGAAGCGGCAGUCCCGUUGUCCUUUGUGCUGCAAGAAAACUCACUUUGUCAUGAAGUUCAUCCAACGUCAGGUGGGAGCCAGUGUGCCAGCCCACCAGGUCUUGUGUUCCCCAUUAAUAAAAGUCGCUAUAAUCCCCCAUUCCUGUAGUAGAAGGCGUCUUUCCCUGCUGUGCUCCUUCUGUCUGUCAGAAGGCCUUGGAGCCGCACACUGCAUGGCAGCAGCUCUGAGGAAGACGUCUUUCAAUUUAACUGAAUCUGUCGAGAGCCAACUUGUUGCUGAAGUUUUAUUUUGUGCUUUUGAGAUGUUUAAUAAAACUCCUUGAUUGUCCUCACAAGUGUGAAAUAAAAUGUGCCUUUCAGAUCAU